AUGGAGAACUCAAACACAUCUAAUCGUAGAUCAAUUAGUCUUCCAACUAGGCUAAACCCAUCUUUUGAUCAAAUCGAAAUCAACCUCAACAAGCUCAAAACACUUGAACCAUUCUACUCAUCCACACGUAUUCAUAGUGGUUUAGUAUGUCUAAUUGAGUUGUAUACCACGGUUGAUGAACUAAUUGGUUCUUCCCAGACACAAAAGGUUAAUCUUCAAUCCAGAAACAAAGUCCUGAUCGAAGACGCGCUUGCUAGAUCGACACGGUUGAUGGACUCGUAUGGCAGCCUACUGGAGUUGCUUGGGAAAAUUAAGGGAAGUGCUCGGGUCCUUCAAUUCGCGUUGCGGAGAAAAGGUGUGGCCACGUAUUCUACCACUGAUGGUCAUCUUAUGGAUUACAUUUUGUCAAGAAAGAAAGUAAAGAAAAACAUUGCCGCGUGUCUUGGAUCUUUAGAACAAAUGGAAAGGGAAAUUGAAUCGUGUCUUGUCGAAGGUGAAGAUCAUCAUUUGUCGACGGUGAUUCGAGUUUUACUAGAAAUAGUCAUUGCUACCAUCUCCAUGUUCCGCUAUGUUUUAGUGAUCUUGUCGGGUAAACCAAAACUUGAUCAUAAGGUGUUUUCGUUCAUCACAAAGUUGAUGCCGACAGGCAAACCAAAUUGUCAUAAAAGUCAAGAGAUUGUUAAUGACGCUGAUAUGAUAGAUCUCACACUUGAUUCUUUGUGGAAACACAUUAAAAAUAACGAGUGUAAGACGGUUGAAGUACAGAUGGUUAUGGAGAGAUUACAUAAACUCGAUCACGAAGUCGAGGGUUAUGAGGUUGGGUUAGAUUGUCUUUUCCGAAAGCUAAUUCAAACCCGAGUCUCACUUCUAAACAUUUUAGCAAACUAG